AUGUGCGUAGAAGAAAUAGUAAGAAAUGUGACACCACUAGCGUGGUGGACGUCACAGAAAAAUAUAUUUAGUGAAGAGGAACAGUCAAAAUUUAUUCCAGUGAUGAAGCAAUUGUUUGGGGAUCGCCCCAGCCUUCUUCAGCUAGCUGCUGUGGAAAGAGUGUUUUUCACCUUUGGAAUUGUUAAGCGCAAAUUAAGAAACCGACUGGGAAUUGAAAAACCUGGAUAUGAAACCUUCAAAUAUUAUAAUAAUGAUAUUGAUUUCUCAGAUUUAAACGACCCUAGUUUGUAA